CAGACACCAGGGGUCCUCAUUCUUCAAGCAUCCAGAACUCCAAUUAGAGGAAAAGGAAGAGUUUACUUGCACAGCUAGAAUAAAUAAUAUUACACAUUUUAAGAACGAAAAUGCUGAAUGCUUGGAUAAUAUUUCUAAGUUAUUGCCUUAGUUUCGGGGAAGGAUUUAUGACGAAUUCCGAUCCAUCAGAGAAGAAGCCGUACCAGAUCCAGAAUGGGCCAUGUACUUACACCUUUCUGCUGCCAGAACCGCAGAAUUGUGGUGGCUCUUCAAGCACCUACAACAACCAAGUGCAGCGAGAUGAUCUGGUUGACGAUGAUAGCUCAGUCCAAAGACUGGAACAACUAGAGACUAUCAUGGAGAACAACACACAAUGGCUGCAAAAGCUGGAGAACUACAUUCAGGAGAACCUCAAACAAGACAUGGCUCAACUUCACCAUGAUGCCGUGCAAAACCAUACAGUGACCAUGAUCAAGAUUGGGACCAGCAUCAUGAGUCAGACAGCAGAGCAAACACGGAAAAUCACCACUGUUGAAGCACAGGUAAUUAAUCAAACAACUCGACUAGAGCGUAAGCUUCUUGAGAACUCCAUUUCAACCAGCAAACUGGAAAAAGAAAUUCUGGAGCAGAUAAACGAUAUCAACAACCUGAAAGAAAAGAACAGCUUCCUGGAGAAGCGAGUGGAGGACAUGGAGGAAAAGAGUAAUGCAGAGAUGGAGGAUUUGAAGGAGGAGAAGGAACAACUCAAAAAGCGGGUGGAGAAGCAGGCCAGCAUCAUAAAAGAGAUGGAGCAGAGGCAGCUGGAGCUGACGAACACUGUCAACAACCUGAUCAACACCAUCUCUGUGGGUAGCAGUUCUGCAAUGAUGCAGGACAACCCAGAACAGUACAAUGACUGUGCUGCAGUCUUCAAGUCUGGGAACAAAGAAAGUGGGGUGUACUCACUGACCAUACCUGAUACAAAACAGCAGUUCCAGGCCUACUGUGACAUGGCGAUGGAUGGAGGCGGAUGGACAGUAAUACAGAAGCGCUUCAAUGGCCUUGUUGAUUUCCAUCAAACGUGGAAGAAUUACUCAAUGGGGUUUGGAGAUGUCUCAGGUGAACAUUGGCUGGGGAAUGUAUUCAUCUCCAAGUUGACACAAGAAAAGAAAUACAUCCUCCGGAUAGAUCUGAUGGACUGGGAGGGGAAUGCAGCCUUUUCUAAAUAUGAUCAGUUCUCACUUGAUGAAGAGAAGCAGAAUUACAGGAUACACUUAAGUGGCUACAGUGGAACGGCAGGGAGAACCAGUAGCAUGGGCCAGCCAGGAAGUGAUUUCAGCACAAAGGACGUAGACAAUGACAAAUGUGUUUGCAAAUGCUCACAAAUGCUUUCAGGAGGUUGGUGGUUUGACGCCUGUGGACCAUCCAAUCUCAAUGGUGUGUACUACAAGCAGGGGCAGAACACCAAUCGUUUCAAUGGCAUCAAAUGGUACUACUGGAAAGGCUCUGCAUAUUCACUUAAGGCCACGACUAUGAUGAUCAGACCAUCAGACUUCUGAGCCUUUAAUCCCAGCACACAAUGAUAACUGAUGUCACAGCUUUCCUGUCUAAUAAGGAAGCAUUUGGUGGGGAGAAGCUUCAACCUUCACGUACCUCCGAAUCUAGACUUUGAAUCAGAAGAUAACGCACUUGAAAAAAAGCUUUGUUUGGCUGUAAAAGAAAAAAAAAAGUGGCCUACAGCAUAUAAUGAUGGAGCACUGCCAAUGGACAAGUUCAGGUCAAAAGGUUACUAUGAAUUGAAGGAGUCACAACAGCCGUAAAAGGGACACACGAACCUUCAGACUGACCAUGAUGCUUUACUGGAUUCCCUUUAAGAUGAAGCAAACAGAACUAGUAUUUUCUUAAGAGUGUUUAUUUUUAUGUAAUUUAUUGUAAAUGCCAAAUUAUUUACAAAAUUUAGGUUUGAUUUAUUGACUAUAUGAUUAUGGUACAAGAGUGAAUUUAAUGAAUAAUGUUGCGGGGCUUCUUUAAGGUUGUCUGACAAAUUGCCUCUUUAUUCACGGCUGUUGUUUACACAUGGUUUAGUGCUUUGGAUCAAUAAAACCUUCAUGUCCAUUUCUUCAAAUGGCUAUGUUUUGACAGGGACCCAAAAUCAAUUGCGUGUCUUGCACUAGAGUAAGUGUUAAAAAUGACCAGUUAUAUUUACACGACUAGUGAAGGUUUGGACACACCUGACUGAAUUUUAUUCUCAUGAUGUUAAUGAUGUUAUGCUUACAAGCUUGACACAAGUUUAAUUGAGAAAUUUAAAUUAUGAUCAUUUAAGAAUUUCUUAAAAAAUCCUGUUUAAUUUGAUGAGCUGGAUUAGACAGUGAAGGAAAUGCAGCCAACAAGUGUCCAGCAUAAACAGGAACUCCUUCAACACCGUGUAAAAAUCAUCUCAGGAUAGACCUCAUGAAGUUACUUGAGAUAAUUCCCAAAUAUACGAUUUUAACAUAUUUGCUUACCAUAUUUUGGUCACUUGAUAAUUACCAUACCUAUAUUUUGCAUGUUGCACAGUUUUGUUGACUUGCUAUUCAUUUAAAAGGUGAUAAAAAUUUAUAAAAGAAUAAGUAGAUUUUACUACCACCCCUGGAGUCGCGAGUUUGAAUCCAGGUUGUGCUGAGUGACUCCAGCCAGGUCUCCUAAGCAACCAAAUUGGCCCGGUAGCUAGGAAGGGUAGAGUCACAUGGGGUAACCUCCUCGUGGUCAUGAUUAGUGGUUCUCGCUCUCAAUGUGGCGUGUGGUAAGUUGUGCAUGGAUCGUGGAGAGUAGCAUGAGGCUCCACAUGCUGUGAGUCUCCACGGUGUCAUUCACAACGAGCCACGUGAUAAAAUGCGCCGAUUGAAGGUCUCAGAAGCAGAGGCAACUGGGACUUGUCCUCCGCCACCCGGAUUGAGGUGAGUAACCGCGUCACCACGAGGACUUACUAAGUAGUGGGAAUUGUGCAUUCCAAAUUGGGAGAAAAUGUAAAAAAAAAAAAGAUUGGUGUGUCCAAACUUUUGACUGGCAGCUUUUGAAAAUGUGCAGUUAUUUAUAUCCUUGCGGAUAAUGGUUUUUCAAAAUCAGCACAUGUUUUCACCUAUAUCAACAAACAUUUCAGUCAUUUCAAGUCACUCUGAGUUUUUCAGCCUUGGCACAAUUGUUUAAACAUUAGGGAAGUCUUGCGCUUGUAAUCGGAAUGUUUGUGUUCAGAUUAUUCGAAAGAUUAUUCAGACAAUGAGGCUGAAUUUCAUAUUUCACUAUACUGAAAUACCUGUCAAUCAUUUUUCACUUUCUAUUGUUUAGACUAGUGUAAUAAGAGCUGUUAAAUUCUGAUUGCAUCUUCAGUUAACCAUUUAGUGAUGAUAUCCAGACAUAUAUUGCAGAAAUUAGUUAUGGUAGAAAUCGUUAUAACUAUGAAGCACAGCUAGCAUUUUGAUUAAGAGAAUCAUUUAUUUUUUACAGCUAAAACAAAAUGUAUAUAUCUCAUGUCAACUGACUGGGUCAUUUUAGACUUAAUAAAAAUACUGUUUUGCUUUAUGCAUAUUGUAAAAGGCUUAUUCACACCAAGUCUACAUUUGCUGCACAAAAUACAUGAA